AUGUUUGGUAAUGCCUAUGCUCUUAUGAAAACCUACAAAACUACGGAAUGCAUAAAGAAUUAUUUUGCACUUAAAACAGAAAUUGAACAAAAAAUCGAUGAUUUCAAUAAAAUUAGGCGUACAAAUAUAUACACACAAUGGGAUAAAUUAAAUAAGCAAAUAAUAACAAAAGAUCAAGAAUUAAAGGAAUGUUACGAUAAUGGUUAUAUAUCAGCUAGAUUAAAUAAUGAGGAAAAAAUAAAAAAUUUUAAAAAUAAAUGUAAUAGUGAUGGUACAUGUAAUAAUGGCGCAUUUCCUGCUAGAAAACCUCCAGUAAUUAAACCUACUACACAAGGAACUUGUAAAGAAAAUAAGGGUUGUAAAAAUCAAGCACCACAAAGAGUAGAUGUUAAAUCACAAUCAAAGUUAACCCCAGUAUAUUUUAAUUCCAAAAGUUCGGAAAGAAAGGAUCCACAUGAACAAGGUCAAAAUCAAGGUGAUGCACAACAAUCAAGGAAAGAAAGCGUAGUUUUACAACCUCAAUCUGGCUCAACACCUUCUGAUAGUUUUGUUGGAACAAAUGGUAAAACAACUCAAGAAAUAGUUGAUCAUCAUUUUACAUCCUCGGGAAUGGCAGAAACCCAGAAACAACAGUUAAAUGCUUCGUCUCCUUCCGAAAUUAGAGAAUUGGAUAGUUCUCCAGGAAAUCCUUCAGAAUGUGUGUUUGGAAAAGAUUCUGGUUUAACUUGUACUUCAACGGGGGAAAUUUUAGAUACAAAAGGUUUUCAAACUAAUCGCAAUAGUGGUAAAUCUUCAGACACUAAUAAACCUGAAACUCAGGAUUCUGCUGGUAAUGUCAUUGGGGUGGGAACUGGUGGUGAUAAGGAUAUUAUUAGAGGAGCAGCUAAUAAUUUGUCUUCUAUUGAAGGUACUCCUGGUUCUGUACAAAGUGCUGAUGAAGAUUCUCUUUCGACAACUACUGAUAUAGGAAGCACUGGUGCAGUAGAUUCAGAUCCUGAAAAUACUGGUACUGAAGAAGAUAGUAGUGCAUCUCUAGCCAGUUCUCCUUCCGGUGAUGAAGGCAAUAGUGGUAUAACUGAAGUUGACAUAUCCAAUGAUGUUAAAGCUCCUGAUGGCGAAAGCCAUAAUGUUAUAAUUUCUCAUGACCAUCGACAUGAUAGUAGAACUAUCUGUAAUGAAUCUACUUGUAGAGAAACACGAAAUAAUGAAUUAACUGAUGAUGGUGGUGAUAAAUCACAUAUAUUUAAUCAAAUUUUCAGUACAAUACAAGCCAAUAAAGGAAAUUACACUCCUUUGUGGAGGUUACUUACUAAGAGGAAAAGGAAUAAACGAUCGCAUAUGAACGAAAAGCUACAAAGGGUACUACAACAACCUUCAAUAGCAAGUGAAGAAAGAAGCAUCCCAUUUUCAUAUAGUACAUUUGAAUAUUCAUCAUAG